UCGUUUUAGUGAACUCUUUGUUAUACAUUGCGACAUAUAAUUUUCAUAUAUAUUAUAAUUCUCUUUGUAUAAUUUUGACAAAUAAUAUUAAUCAAAGAAAUAUUCAUGUUGAUUUUGAUACCUAUGUUGUCCUUAUUUUUAUAAUUAUUUUACAAAUAAAAUGUCUACUGAGGAUAAAGCUAAUAUUUAUGCCCCUUGCAAGCAGUACAAAAGGAAAGAGCCCGAUUAUUCUGUUAGCGAAGAAAUCGCCAAGGCGAUAGGUGGCAAUUUCAGAAUUAUUCCGACGUUUGCGAAAGGUCAGUACGAGUAUGUAUUGAAGCGGCAUUACUCUCUGGAGCGCAACGAGCUGCUCAGCUGCAGGUGGGAGCAAUACAAGAAGAAUAUUGAGCAACGAGAGUUUGCGCCCUUUCAGUUCCCCGACGUAAGAGAUCUGCACUUCCACAAUUGUGUAAUAAGAUUUCUGCCGAACGAGUCAAUUCAUCGGUUCCCACAAUGUAACAAGAAAAUGAGAGCAGGACCAGGCGUCGACUUCGUGGGACAAAUACCCAUCCCGCAAGAAUUGCUCAUGAAACGGAUAACGAAACCUCUAUAAACAUUAAAACACGUUAAUCUUUAUUACUAUUAACAAUAUUUUUAAGUAAUUGUAUUUUGAUGUGUAAAUUCAAUUUUUAAAUUGUAUUUUAAUUUGUACCUAUUUAUUCAUAAAGAGACUUUAAAUAAAUUUAUGUUUCAAUGGUAAAUAUUGAAAACCGGCGAAAUGUAACUCGUCCCACAAAGUUGUCAUUUU